AUCCGAAAAGUCCAGGUUUUUGGUUCCUUUAGAAAAUUUUCCACCUCCACGCCUUGUUCUGCAUUUUUUUGACGGUUCCAAUUGCAUUUUUUCAAUCUUCCCGUUUCACCAAAAGAACCCAAUAAGGUAAACCUUCUCUGUAAGCUCUCUCUCUCUCUCUCUCUCUCUCUACUUUUUUGAGAAUUUCGAAUUGUGAUAUAAUAUAAUCCUAUCGAGCUUCUGUUGCUGUUUAUAUUAUCGUUGUCACUAGAAAUCAAAACCCCUUUGGUGGAUUCUGUUCUUUUGCGAAAGAUUCAACCUUUUUUGUGCCCCCCUCAUGCCAUAAAUCCACAGGAUCAAGCUCAAAAUUGAAUAUUUUUGUAUUUUAGAAAUUACCCAGAAAACCCAUUAAAUUAUUUGCAAGAUUUUGUUCAAUAAGUUUAGAACCGGAGGAUUUAGAGAUGGAUAAUAAUGGCGGUUCAUCACCAUACCCAUACCCAUAUCAGAAUUCCUAUCCAUACCCUCAUCACCCUCAUCCUAAUCAAUACCCUCCACCUCCGGAUCAAUACUCACCUGCCCCAUAUCCAUACCCACCAUACAAUUCUCAGUAUCCUUACCCGUACCCGUACACUCCAUCGCCUUCCUCACCGUCCCCCCAUUCAGUUUCAGGCCCUUUAGAUUACAACCAACCUCCCUAUCCAUAUCCCUACCCCCCGGCUCGUCCGAUUUCCCAUAGUGGUCCUCUGCCUAGCAUUCAGCAGCACAGCAGUUUCAAUUAUGGUUCACAGUACCCUUACCAACAACAGUCUGGGGCUUACCCGCCUCCCGAAAGCCCCCAUCAUGUGCUCCCCAGUAGGUUCUCGAAUCAUCAGCGGCAUGAUAGCUGUCCCAUUGGAAUUGAGACGGGUUCAUUUCAUGAGAAUGUUUCAGAACCUAUGCCUCCUCACUCUUCUGCUUAUCCGCCCUUGGAUCAGCUUAUGAGUAAUGUGCAUUUGUCUGAAAAUCAAUCACCCGAGCCCACAGCACCCCCAUCACCUUCGGUGCCACACUUGACUCAUUCAACUCCGAGUAGUGCAAGGUAUGAUAAGCAAGGGGAGCUCUAUGCGUAUCCUAAUAACUCAUUUUCAAGUAGUUGGGAUACGUCUUAUUCGGGUCAGAUUGAAUCAGCGGCUCAUUCUCCUUAUUCGCAUUCAAGCUCAUUUAAUGGGUCACAGCAUAGCGGUAGUUUGCAGAUUAUUCCAUUGCAGAAUAAAGGGUCCUUGAAGGUUCUGCUUCUACAUGGAAAUUUAGACAUUUGGGUAUAUGAAGCCAGAAACCUUCCAAAUAUGGACAUGUUCCACAAGACUUUGGGGGAUAUGUUUUUGAAGUUACCAGGGAGUGCAAGCAACAAAACCGAUGGCCAAUCAAGUCGUAAGAUUACUAGUGAUCCAUAUGUUUCAAUCUCAGUUUCAAAUGCUGUAGUUGGGAGGACAUAUGUGAUAAGCAAUUCUGAAUUUCCUGUUUGGACGCAACAUUUCAAUGUUCCAGUAGCACAUUCCGCUGCUGAAGUGCACUUUGUUGUUAAAGAUAGUGAUCUUGUGGGGUCCCAGCUCAUUGGGGUUGUGGCAAUUCCGGUAGAACAGAUAUACACGGGAGCAAGAGUUGAGGGAAUUUAUCCAAUCUUGAAUUCGAGUGGGAAGCAUUGUAAAGCCGGAGCUGUCCUAAGACUUUCAAUUCAGUAUAUUCCAAUUGAGCAAUUGAGCGUUUACCAUAACGGAGUUGGGGCGGGCCCUGAUUAUUUUGGGGUUCCUGGCACAUAUUUUCCUCUUAGGACAGGUGGAAAAGUAACUCUUUAUCAAGAUGCCCAUGUCCCAGAUGGGAUGCUUCCAAACUUGAUGUUAGAUGGUGGGAUGCCAUAUGUGCAUGGGAAGUGUUGGCAUGAUAUUUUUGAUGCAAUACGUCAGGCCCGACGUUUAAUUUACAUUGCUGGUUGGUCAGUUUGGCAGAAUGUUAGACUAGUUCGGGAUGUUGGUGGUGCAUCAAAUUGCACCAUAGGGGAUCUUCUGAGGUCCAAGUCCCAAGAAGGAGUGAGAGUGCUGUUGCUUGUUUGGGAUGACCCUACUUCAAGGAGCAUUUUGGGUUAUAAAACAGAUGGAAUCAUGCAAACCCAUGAUGAAGAACUUCGCCGAUUUUUCAAGCAUUCUUCAGUGCAAGUAUUACUUUGCCCUCGCACUGCUGGAAAAAGACAUAGCUGGGUCAAGCAAAGGGAAGUUGGAACAAUCUAUACACACCAUCAGAAAACUGUAAUAGUGGACGCUGAUGCUGGCAUUAAUAGGAGGAAAAUCAUGGCCUUUGUUGGAGGACUUGAUUUAUGUGAUGGUCGGUAUGAUACGCCGGAUCACCCUAUAUUUAGGACAUUACAAACAGUGCAUAAAGAUGACUAUCACAAUCCUACAUACACGGGCAGCACUGCUGGUUGUCCAAGAGAACCAUGGCAUGACAUGCACUCUAGACUUGAUGGUCCAGCGGCAUAUGAUGUACUGACCAACUUUGAAGAGCGCUGGUUAAAGGCUUCAAAACCACAUGGGAUGAAAAAACUGAAAAAAAGUGCGUAUGGUGAUUCUUUGCUGAGGUUGGAAAGGAUUCCAGACAUAAUUGGAGCGUCCCAUGCUGCUUCCACUACUGACAACGAUCCUGAAACUUGGCAUGUUCAGAUUUUCCGUUCAAUUGACUCAAAUUCUGUUAAAGGUUUCCCAAAGGAUCCAAAAGAAGCAACAAGCAAGAACCUGGUGUGCGGAAAAAAUGUGCUGAUUGACAUGAGCAUACACACAGCAUAUGUGAAGGCAAUCCGCGCUGCCCAGCAUUUCAUUUAUAUAGAGAAUCAGUAUUUCAUUGGGUCCUCAUACAAUUGGAGUGCGCAUAAAGACUUGGGUGCUAACAAUUUGAUCCCAAUGGAAAUUGCCCUUAAGAUUGCUAGUAAAAUCAGAGCAAAUGAGAGAUUUGCUGUAUAUAUCAUCAUUCCAAUGUGGCCAGAGGGUGUUCCAACGGGUGCAGCAACACAAAGAAUUCUGUUUUGGCAGCACAAGACAAUGCAAAUGAUGUACGAGACAAUUUACAAGGCUUUAGUGGAAGUUGGGCUGGAGGGUGCAUUCUCCCCCCAAGACUAUUUAAACUUCUUCUGUCUUGGCAAUCGUGAGGCCAUAGAUGGAAACGAUACAUCAUUCUCUGGAAGUCCUACUGCAGCCAACACUCCUCAGGCGCUUAGUCAAAAAAGCAGGCGAUUUAUGAUUUAUGUUCAUUCGAAAGGCAUGAUAAUUGAUGACGAGUAUGUAAUAGUGGGUUCGGCGAACAUCAAUCAGCGCUCUAUGGAAGGGACAAGAGACACCGAAAUUGCAAUGGGGUCCUAUCAACCUCAUCAUACCUGGGCAAGAAAAAAUGCUAGUCCUCAUGGACGGAUAUAUGGAUACAGAAUGUCCCUAUGGGCAGAGCACACUGGAACCAUUGAGGACUGCUUCACGCAACCAGAGAGUCUUGAAUGCGUAAGGAGAAUAAGAUCAAUGGGUGAGAUGAACUGGAAACAAUUUGCUUCCGAUGAUGUAACGGAGAUGAGGGGUCAUCUAUUGAAGUAUCCAGUUGAAGUUGAUCGGAAAGGCAAAGUGACAUCCCUUCCUGGAAGCGAGAAUUUCCCAGACGUGGGAGGAAAUAUAACCGGCUCGUUCCUUGCAAUCCAAGAAAACCUGACCAUUUGAUUUGCAAAUCGAAUUCAAUUACGUUACAAUGUUUUGGUUUUCUUUUCUCACGAGUACAAUUUUGGUGUUUUGGUAUUUUUUUUUUUUUUUUCCAUAAAUUUUAUCCAACCCGCCUGCUUUGCAGGUUAUUAAAUUUCA